AUGCAUCUCUCUCCCAAAACCAUGUUCUUAAAUCUUCUCAUCUUCUUCUUUCUCGUCUUUCCUUCUCUUUCGGUUUCGAUUCCGAAAGAUCAGUACAAGCUCCAAAACAAGUUGAAGAACGACACUAGUGCUUUUUCUCUCUCUUUCCCUCUCACUACUUCUCCACUUUCUCUCUCUGCAAAUCCAAACACGUCCAAAACUUUCCAUGCCUCUGUCGUUUCAAACUCCAAGCAAAACCCUAGAUCAAGACCUACUACUACUGCUGCUACUGCUGGUGGUGCUACAAAAAAAACACCGUCGUACAACUACAAGCUUUCGUUCAAGUAUUCGAUGGCUCUCAUCGUUUCUCUCCCCAUCGGAACUCCUCCGCAGACCCAACAGAUGGUUUUGGACACCGGAAGCCAACUCUCGUGGAUACAGUGCCACAACACGACCCCCAAACCACGCCCUCGACCUCCUCCCACGGCAUCGUUUGACCCUUCUCUCUCUUCCACCUUCUCUGUUUUGCCUUGCACUCACCCUAUUUGCAAACCCCGGGUUCCCGAUUUCACCCUCCCAACCUCAUGUGACCAAAACAGCCUCUGCCACUACUCCUACUUCUAUGCCGACGGAACUCUCGCUGAGGGCAAUCUCGUCCGAGAAAAAUUUACCCUUUCUCGUUCCGUAAGUACCCUUCCCUUGACUCUUGGUUGUGCCAAGGACACGAGUGACAGCAAGGGUAUUUUGGGUAUGAACCUUGGAAGGUUAUCAUUUGCUUCCCAAGCUAAAAUUACCAAGUUCUCCUAUUGCGUACCCAACCGACAGGCUCAAACCGGGUCCAAUAUGCCGACCGGGAGUUUCUACUUGGGGCAUAACCCGAACUCUGCGGGAUUCCAAUAUGUUGACCUUUUGACCUUUCGUCAAAGUCAGCGCAUGCCGAAUUUGGACCCCCUUGCCUAUACAGUUGUAAUGGUGGGGAUAAGAGUUGGAGGGAAAAUGUUGAAAAUUCAACCCUCUGUGUUCCGACCCGAUGCGAGCGGGGCGGGUCAGACCAUGAUUGAUUCAGGGUCCGAGUUCACUUAUUUAGUGGACGAGGCGUAUAGUAAGGUGAGGGAAGAGAUUGUGAGAUUGGCGGGACCAAAGUUAAAAAAGGGCUACAUGUACGCAGGUGUGUCCAACAUGUGUUUCGAUGGCGAUGGUGUGGAGAUCGGACGGUUGAUAGGGGACAUGGCGUUUGUGUUUGGUAAAGGUGUGGAGAUUGUGACGCCGAAAGAACAAAUUCUUGCUGAUGUAGGGGGCGGAGUCCGGUGCGUGGCAAUCGGACAGUCCAACAUGCUUGGUGCCGCGAGCAAUAUAAUCGGAAAUUUUCAUCAGAGGAAUCAAUGGGUUGAGUUUGAUUUGGCAAAUCGUAGAGUUGGGUUCGGUAGGGCCGAUUGUAGUAGAUCAUGAGUAUGGAUAUAUAGUGACGAUAUUUAUGAUAUGGUGGCUGCUGCACAAGUUACUGCACGGGUGUUUCAACACGUUAGAGGACAAAAAGGUCAUUUACAUGAUGAUGACCUACUACCAGAAUCUAAACGAGUGAAGAGAUGAACUAGUUGCAACUUGCCAUGCAGUAGUCAGUGGUAUCAAUGUCUGGAGGGUUCGCAGUCUCUUGUAUGUAUAUUAUUGCAUGCACUAUAUAUAAAUAUAGGAUACUGUUAGAGAAACUAUCAAUUUAUAUUUAUAUUUUGUAAAUUAUAUGAUGUAGUUGUUGAUGAUUGAAUUAUUAUUAAGUGUUUAUUAA